CACCACAGGUCUAAGCCAAAACAUAAUCAUCCACAAUAAACUUGUAGAGCCAUUCCAAAUGCAACUCUAGAUUUUGAGUUAUCAACAAAAACAAGAAGAGAGUGAGAGCGGCAGCUUCUGUUUGUUGAUGAUCCGCGCUGUGAUUGGUUCACAUCCAAAUUCGUUUCGCGCCAUCCUCGAUCGAAAAAAGGUUUCAUUUUUUAAAUUUAUGAAAAUGGCCACAAUGUCGCCUGCCGAGUCCGGUGAAUUCAUCGUCAAAAAUGCCAAAUUCGUGAAAGUCCACGAGGAUGGAAUCAAAAGUUUGGCCAAGGAGGUGAUAAGCGGCAUUCAGACGAAGGUGAUUGAUGUGGAAAAUUUCUCGCAGCACGAGCAUCAUCCGAAACCGAGUGAUCCUCAUGCUCCGAACUGGAUCUUCCUAAUUGAUACGCUGAACUUCUGCUUCUGGACGCCGGGAGACGCCACCAAGUGGAAAGUAGAUGGCCAGACUGGAUACUUUUCCUUGUGUGCUGCCAUCAAUCGUGCCCUGAAGGAGGGAAUCGACAUCACCAAUCCAGCAUACUACUCGAAGAUCACAUUGGAAGAGCUGGAGAAAAUUCUUCGCUCGGAUGAUGGUCAAACCAAGGCUCCACUUCUACCGGAGCGCGUCCAAUGUCUGCAUGAAGUUGGCAAGGUAUUGCUCGAGAAGUACGAAGGAAAGUUUGAAAAUUGCGUCAAAGCGAGCAAUAACUCAGCAGUAUCAUUGCUGAAAUUGGUUACCGAAGAGUUUCCAUGCUUCCGCGAUGAGGCCACAUUCAAUGGCCAGCGGGUGUCGAUUUACAAACGGGCUCAAAUCUUGGUCGGUGAUCUGUGGGCUUGCUAUCGCGGUGAAGGCUUAGGACGAUUUGACGACAUCGACAAGAUAACUAUGUUCGCAGAUUAUCGUGUUCCCCAAGUGUUGGUCCACUUCAAAACCAUGGAAUACACCGAUGAGCUGAUGAAGUUGCUGAACUCGAACAAACUCCUGGAGAAUGGAUGUCCCGAGGAGGUGGAAAUCAGAGGGGCCUCCAUUUAUGUUGUCGAGCGGCUGAAGGAGGUUGUGCUGGAGGAAUUGAAGGCAAAUCACCCGGAGAUUUCUGCCAAAAAUGUGAACGCCGUACUGUUGGACCACUUUUUGUGGGAUUAUCGCCGGAAGCACGCAGCUGAGUUGGAAUACAUUCCGUUUCACAAGACGAUCAGUGUUUAUUACUAGAGGGUGAGGUGGCAGCCUAGAGCUCCGUAUUGAUGCAUUUAAUAAAAAUUGUAAUGUACUCAACAUGAA